UGUGAAGGAAUUCGUUUCAAGAUUGCGCUCGGAUUUCCACGAAGCACCCCUGCCUCUAUAUAAACCCCAGUACCACCCUCCACAGAACAAACAUCCAUACGUGGCAUUGCUAUUAUCAAACUCCUUGUGUUGUUCAACAAUCCAAGCAUGGCUAUUCUCUCCGAUCACGAAGAGCCUCAACAAAAACAGCAAACCCCAACAUCUCCUUCCUCAUUCUCCUUCAACACGGUUCUUGAUCCCUCAAACCCUCUAGGGUUUUUGGACUCUGCCCUAAACUUUUUGUCUCAAAAGUCUAAUGUCCUAAAGAACGAUGUCUCUCCCCUAGUUAAGGAGUUCAAGAAAAGGAUCAGGGCUGAAGAGGAUUCAAAGAAAGCGGAAGAAAAAAUACGUGCCGAGAAAAAGAAGAGAGAAGAGGAGAAGAAAAGGAUGCGGGUUCCGAACAAAGGCAAUGGUCUUGACAUGGAAAGCCAUUCAUGGGCACAGACCCUGCAAGAAGUAACUAUCACUGUUCAUGUCCCUCCUGGAACGAAGUCUAAGGAUGUUGUGUGCGAGAUAAAGAGAAAAUCUGUGAAAGUUGGACUUAGAGGCCAUUCUCCAAUUCUUGAUGGUGAACUAUUUGAGACAAUCAAGAUUGACGAUUGUAUCUGGAAUCUGGAGGACCAAAAGACUGUUUCUGUUCUUUUGACAAAGUGUGACAGGAUGAAUUGGUGGAAGUCCUUGCUGAAGGGUGGUCCUGAGAUUGAUAUUCAAAAAGCUGAACCAGAGCCUAGCAGGCUGUCUGAUUUGGAUCCAGAAAUAAGGUCCACCGUGGAAAAGAUGAUGUUUGAUCAACAACAGGAACAGUUAGGUCUCCCUACCAGCAAAGAGAUCGAGAAUGAAAGCCUCUUGAAGCUAUUCAUGGCUCAGAAUCCAAACUUCUCCAACAAGAAUCCAAACAUUGACUUUUCCAACAUGAACAUGAAGUAGACGGUUGUCUUUGGCUAAACUGGAGUAAUUCUUAGGGUUUAGAUUGAUGCUGGCAGGAUAGUAUGAGAUUUAGUUGUGCAAAGUCUAUCCACAAUUAUUCAUUACCGUGAUGCGCGGUUUGUAACGAGUUUCAGUUUUAUUUUCUUUCUCCGAAUGACUAAAUAGUUCUAUAUUGCAUAAUGUGGUUAAAACGCCAUGAUAUACAAGCAAGAGGAAGUCUGCUUUACCUUUCCUCUUUAGUUUUUUCCUA